AUGCAGGGUGAGACCCCAUCCAGACGAAGUGACCUUGAAAUCCUUGGCUACUGCAUGCUGCAAUGGUUAUGUGGAAAGCUACCCUGGGAACAGAACCUGAAGGACCCUGUAGCUGUCCAGACUGCAAAAACAAAACUUAUGGAUGAGCUCCCAGAUUCAGUGAUGGAAUGGGAUUCUUCUGGAAGCAGCUGUAGUGAAAUAGCCAAGUUUUUGGCAUGUGUUUAUGGCUUAGCUUAUGAUGAGAAGCCAAAGUAUCAAAUGCUCAAGAAAAUCCUGCUGGAUGGACUAGAGUCAAGUGGAACUCGCUAUGAUGGCCCUCUGGAAUUUUCUGCUGCAGCAUGUGCACGAAAUCACUGUGCUGCUAAAGCAUCAAAAGUUUGCUUACCAAGGCCUAUGCCAAAACCAAUUCAGCAGAGGCAAAAAAAGAUAGAAGGUGAAGACUACAAAGCCUGUACUGGGGUAACAGGCAAACAACUCCAAGAUGAAGGAAAGCCACGUAAACUAAGCAGGAUGCUUCACCAAACAGAGCCUCAGCAGGUUUGCUUACGGAAGCCUUCACCAAAAGCAGUGCAACAGAAGCAAAAUAAGGUGGAAGAGGAAGAACGUAACUGCCUAAGUGGGCUGCGUGCUCGGGUAACAUGUUGGCAAGUCCAGGCUGAAGAGAAGCCAAUUAAAUGUUACAGUGUGACUCAGGAGGCUGACCACCUGCCAAAGAAAGAUACUGCAAGAGAAUUACCACCAUUUGACCCCCAAGCAAUAUUCUCAGAAUCCAAAAAGAAGCAUGAUCAACUCUCAACUACAGAGCAGCUGGUACCACUGCAAGGAACUGGUUCUGACAUCACUAGUUCUUCUCUAUCUGUUAUAUUUAGGCUUGCAUUUGCUGAUGAAACAUACCACUAUAGUAUAGCCAUACUUGUACUUCUGCUACUAAUAUUACUUUCCUUGUAUUUUCUUUGA